CACUGACUCGAACAAUAAGAUGAGCAAAGCGAACAAAACUGAAUAUCAAAUCAUUUGAAGCAUCAUUUGCAGUUCUGUAUGUCUAAGGAGCUCUUUUCCAUUGGUUUUAUAGGAGGUACGUUUUAGUAAAAAUCAUAAAGUUUAGUUCCUUACACAAAUUAAUGGCGAAAAUAUAAACAUAGAAAGCAUGUAAGCAUCGACUACUAUAGAUUUCUCAGGCACCUGCUUAUUUUUAUUUUUUUUUAUAGAGUGUUGUAAAAUGUUUCUUGUUAUAAAGUUCCUUUCUCUCCCGGAGAUUUCUAUGUAAAAGACCAUUAUGUUUACAAUAUGAUUGUCAGGUAAAAAGAAUUACAGCAUCUGAUUAUCCUUAGGGUAGUGUAAGCAGUAUUUUUAAUUUUCGUUAUAAAAAUUGAAAGCAGUGACACUGAACCCCACUGAGUUUCUUCUAUCCAGGCGUUCUCAGUUUCUGAACUUAAAUUGGAUUUCUGGAGUCCAUUUCCAAGUUUUUUAUGAUAAAUAGGUAAUAAAAUAAAUAAUGAUUUAGAGGUACUAUUAAUAUAAUGAGAGUGGUUAUUCGUGCAACCAUCCUCAACCGUUCUUGAUCGAAUAGGAAUUUUGAAAGUUUGCUCUUUGAGGAGAUCUGAACCACUCGGAACAGAGAGCAGAACCAACAACAAACUUAACCAACAUAUGUCGUCGAUGUCGGGAUUUGCGUGCCCGCCUCGUUGCUGGGAAACGAGUGUUCCCAACACUGCCGGUCAUCCUUUCUCUCUAAAGUGGUUUUCCACUGUCGCGUAUAUUUUUCGCGCGUGCACACGAAAAAUUUACACGGGUAAAUAAAAUAAAGGCACUUGUUGAAAAGGUCGCGCGUGAACGUAAAACGUUACGCGCGACCUUUCAUACAUUGCCUCAGUGCUUUUAAACGUAAAAGUUGAAGCUCUACUAUUUUAGAAAUCCACUUUAUUUAGGGACGGAACAUAAGAAAAUGGGGUUGAGAGGGGGUUUCUGCUUAUCUUUUUUUUUUUUUGGUUUGCAUAGUGUGUUUAAGGGUCGAUAAUCGUUUACGAGAGUUUGCACUUUUCACAAUAUUAUUGUUGCAACUGUUAUUGAGGAAAAACUAGUACUUUACAAAAUUGAGGGCCCUUAAUGUUCAGUGCAGCAAGAUUUAUAUCCUUUGCUGUGUUUGCCUGAGGGAGCUUAGAAUGAAACAAGUGUCCGCAGCUGUGUCCCCCUCGCUUACUAGAGUGUGUAAAUAAAGAAUUUGUUUGGGAAUUCAGACGGGGUUUUGUUUUCUUUUCUAAGGGUAAGGAUUUGAAUCUUGAGGGGAAGCUUUCCAGUGUAAAGUUCGGGUUGUAUAUUCCCUUUUCGUCUUUAUUAUUUAAGAAAAUGUGUAGACUGUGCCUCCCGGAGGCUCUGAGGUCUUGAAACAUGCAUUUGAAGGUCAGCUUCCAUUUUUGCUUCUACCGUUUUGAAGCAUUUUAUGAAACGUUCGCUGCAAAUUUUAAUUUCUAGUUCGAAACUUAGCGCAAUGAAAAAAUUCUCCUUUUGAUUAAAAAUAAUAAUAAUAAUGUCAGUGUAUGGACUCUAUAUAAUGUACAAUCGUAGAUUUUAAUAUGAGGGGUAAUAUUGCCAUGUACUCCUCAGCAAACGCAGUAAAUGAAAGUUAUACGAGGAUUUAAAGGUUUAGAUUGAGACGUCUAAAUAUAUUUUGAAAACGUUUUCUCUCGAACAUAGUACGAGUUGACUGGUAAUGUAAUUCACGGAGCAAUUUUAACGCAAGUUCUUAGACUAAGUUAACACUUAACCCUAAAUUUUGUUACUUUUUGAAGAGUUUGUGAACUCCAAAUUCGCUCUUUUUUUCUGAACGGUGUUCCUGAACAUUAUGUUUGUGUUGUAUUGUUUGUUGUGCUGUGAAUGAUCGACCUCUUCAACUUAUCUCGGAGGGGCUCUUUCCUAUUAGUUUCAGUGUUAAUUGUCAGAACGGAUAGUCGAGAGGGAUUGAACCUCUAUGGAAUGAGUAGAUGACUUCUAAAGGAGCGAUACCUUUACAGUUUUAUACACUCAUUGGUCUUCUCCUUGAGUUGAGCUUAGAAAACCUAGAACGCACGGUCGAGCGAGAAAAAUGUGUCGACGCGCGAAAACCGCGAAAGAGGAGCGUAAGUUUAACAUCCUCAACUUUUUUCGCCAGAAGACUUUUGACCGCCGAGAAUAUCAACAUUUUCUGGAUGGUGAAACAUAUCAACAUAUCUGGAUGAUGAAAGAUUUGAGCCUUACAUUUCUUCAGAGCAGCUUCUGUAGCGUAGUACACGGGGAUCUCGACUGACAGUUGACAGUAAAUCUAUCGUGUAAAACUUAGUUACCUGUUGUGCUGUUAAGCUUCACUAGGCGGUCCUCAGGAGUUUCGAAUUUGUUGAUGGAAGUCUUAUACAAGCUGUCAAACUUUCGUUAUAAAAGCUAUCAACGAUAACAGGAACAGGCUGUAAUUAUUCUGCAAAGGGUGGAGCUGCAGCUAAGUCUGACUUUUAGCUACUUCGGUGAGAUCUGUUCCCUCCUCAUGUCAUCAGUGGAAGAGUGAAAUCUAAACUGCGUUCACUCGAAUAUUCUAUAUUUAACCAUCAUAUAAGUGAACAAUUUGCCGCGUACAUACGGUCUCUUUUGUUUUCUUAAUACACAGUAAUGAAACUUGCAAACAGUUUGUCACCUAAACGUCGCAUGAUUAUGGGUUAUUAAGGUUGUAACAUAUCAACAUCCUCUGUUGGGAGCAAAGUGUCGACAGUGUUUUAAUGGCUACCACAAAUAUCUUUAGACUGAUCGAAUCAGAAACACAUAUUAAGCUCACUAAACGGAGCCCUAGUGAAUCAACAAGAUUUCAUGUUAUAACAAAUGCCAGCCGAGUACGUUUCAAAACCGUUUACUAGUAAAAACAACAAAGACUUUUAAAACUGUAUUAAUAAACGCAUAAAUGACUAACGACAAGAGAGAAUAAUCUAACGACAAAAACUUGAGAGACGCACGUUAUCAAGGAUGUCUUAGUAUAGAAAUAAACUGUGAUAAUGAUGAUUGAUUUUCGUAAUAAUUGAGGUACUGGCAAUAACAAACUGUAUUGUUUGUUCCGUUGCAAUCAAAUGCGAUGUUCGAUGCGCAUUAAAUCUAGCCGGAAUAAUAAAAAAAUAGAACUAUAAAUUUUUCAUUAUUUAUAUAUUUUUUUCAUUUCUGUUUUCAUUAUAUUCUCUAUGAUUAAAGCUUCCCGCUAAUCUUACAGACCUUUUGCGUCAAAUACCAUGAAUGCUAAUUACAUAGCAAAAUCACAAUCAGAUUGCCAAUUCCCAAACAAGUUUCAACACUCCUAUAAUCUUUGAUAAAUAACACGCUAGUACGCGGCAGUAUUGAUGUAGCAUCCAGACCAAGAAUGUUACUGCAUGAAAAUAAAAGUUAAUGGGCCCGUUUUAACGCCUGUAUUAGCUUGGGUAAAGAGGGGUAAAAACACAAGCACACGACUAGAAUUCAUUUCACAACAUAUUUGUAAAUAUUAAUAUAUAAUACGGCAAAGACGUUUAAAAUUGUAUAAUAACCGUAUAAUGACUAUAGACGAAAACUUGAGUCACACACUUUAUUAAACAGCGUCUCGUACGACUCAUUAGCGUACAUCCCAUACUUAAAAAGGGUACCUUAUUGGUUCGCCCAGGGUUCGCCAUUUAGAAGUGUCUUUGAAUUUAACGGUCGAUGAAUUUAACAAAAUCAGUUAUAAAUUUGUUGUAGAAUGCAAACGUUAUUCUAGAAAAUAAAUUGCUAAAGCAAUGAUUGAUUUUUUUUUAAUAAUUAAGGUAUUGGUAAUAAAAAAUUGAAUAAUUUCUUCAGUUGCAAUGAUGCGAUGUUCGAUGAGCUUUCAGCUAGAAUAAUGGAUAAACAUAUCAUAUAUUGCUUAAUUUCUCCUUUUUUUGUUUCAUUAUGUUCGUUAUGAUUAAAGCAAUCUAACCCCUCUAAGGUCAAAAUACAGAGCUAUUGCCAUACACCGAAAAUCACAAUCAGAUUUCUGAUUUCCCGAACAAGAUUUCAUCCAAUCCAAAAUACUAUGCAAUUCAGAUGACCUUGCUGAGACGCAAUACAAGCAGACCAUGGUUACUGUAUGCAAAGAAUAGCAAAUAAUACCAAACGCACGAAAGAAAUUUGCAAAAUUGUAAAAUGUCUUUGUCGUGUACUAUGGAAACAGGGGCGGAUCUAGGGGGAGGGUGCAGGGUGUGCGCCCCCCCCCCCCCCCCCCCCGAGAUGACCUGCGGUUUUCUAAUACAGCGGGUAUUCUGCAAAAAAAAAAACUAUGUGGUUUAUUGGUGUUGAAGUAGAGCAAGAGACGACUGCACCCCCUCCUAAAAAAAAUCCUGGAUCCGCCCCUGGAAAAGUACUAUGAAAAGUAUUUGCCAAAUUAGACAGACGUUGGGAAUACACAUAACUCCAUUGGGAUUCAGUUUUAUUUGACUAAAAUUAUAUGGCCAUCGUACAUAGUUUUGUAGAAGGAUACUUAAAAUAGUUAUAACCGUUAAUGAUUCUCUGUAAAAGGGGAAAAAUGGAAGACGAUGACGGAUUGAACCUCUUAUAACAGAUGCCAAAAUUUGAGAAACAGUUUCCAGCAAUAUACCUAGUAUAUUCCUUACAGCGAAUCCGAUUCCUCACUAAAUUAAGUGUUGUACUUACUUUUGCAGUUCUUUCUUCGUGAAAAGCGAGUGACAUCAUAUUUGAGAGCAGAAAAAGACUAUGACUCUAGCCCCGACCGGGACAGAUUCAGGGACCAUCCAACCAGAAACCAACCUAUCAGGUGGCGAUACGGGCCAAGGAGCUAGCCAAUCACAGAAUGCUCUUGAAGUUGCCUUCAGUAUAAUCGCGAGCUGUGCUUUUGUGUUCAACCUUGCCUUCUGUGUAGUGCUCUUAAAGAAACGUGCCAUGCUAAAAAAGCCACAUAAUUCUCUUCUGUUUAACUUGGCCUUGACUGAUUUACUUACAGGUACAGUAUGCUUUGAUUUAAAUGCACUUUUGUCUUACCCAAGGAUGGUAUGGUAGAUCGGUAUAUAUCUUUAGAGAACAUAUGUCAAGCAUUGAAUUAGUUUAGUUUACAGCUUUGAGAUUUGAUUGCAAUAGCCAAUACCCACCUUACUUCGAUGAAUAAUAGUUAGAUAUCCGAUGAAUAGCGCUAUCCAUCGUUUGAAACACCAGGCCCAGAUAAAUCACUGUUCAAAGGAGGCAAUUGUUUUCCUUAUACUUAUCCGCCGUGAUUUAUAUCUAGUAGAUAUCCCUGUCCAGCGUUUGAACAACCCUGAAUUAAUUUCUUUCUUGACAGGCGCCUUCCUGAUUUUAACACCCGGUUACGUCUCGGAUAAACCCUUGUUUCCAAUAGCCGACGGGUUUGGUGGUCAGCUGUUUUGCGCGCUGCUGGGAAAUAGGUACCUCCUCUUUCUGGUGGCCAAAGAAUCUGUUUUCCUGGUCACAUGUCUUGCCGUGGAACGCUGGUACUGUGUGAUGAGACCAAUGGAGUACAAAAAACACUUUGGAAGAAAAAGACUCUUAAUUUACAUAGUGGUUUCUUGGAUCGCUAGCUGCGCUUUGCAAAGUCACAAAUUUCUUGAGCAAAAACUCAGUGGAAAUAAAUGCGUUCCUGUUGAUGUUCCCUAUGGUAGAGAAGGUGCACAAGCAUUCAUUUCCAUCAAAAGUGUCAGCACUUUUGUGAUCCCUUGUUUCGUCACGUGGCUUACCUUUGCUCAUAUAAAGUUUCGUGCACCUGUUUAUCUGAAUGACAAAUCAUCGCACAGUGAGCGCCGGGAAAGACAGCAAAAGCUCGUACUGCGCAUGUGCGCUUUCACAGCUUUUGUGGUCACAUUGUGUUGGCUUCCCGCCCAAUUGAGUUACACUUUAACUCCGUUUGGUAUCACUCGCGUUAGCAGUCCGUUCCACAAAGCGUUCAAUGUUGUUUCGCUCGUUAACUCGUGUAUAAAUCCUUUUAUAUACUGGUAUUAUCACAGGGAGUACAGAGAAGAAUUCAUCCGGCUUUUCUGUUUCUGCAAACUCGCCAAGAAAGUUGUUAUCGGUAAACAACAAGACGUGAGCCCCUCAAGUAGCAAGUCUUGA